CUGCCCCAUCUGCUGGGGCGCAGGCCCUUGCGGCAGGGUCGGCCGCCUGCCUCCUGCCGCCCGCCAACAACGGCCGCCGCUGCUUUUUCUCUCUCUCUCUCGCGCACUCACUGACAAACACCCCGACCUUCUUCUUCUACCUCUUCUGCCUCUCUGCCUGCCUGCCUCUCUCUCUCUCUUUUCUGAUCUCAUCGGCAAACUGCCGCCGCUUCUUUCCGCGCCGCGCGCUAAUUUGCCCGCUCGGCAAACAUUUUCGCGGCUGAAUGGCCCGAUAGCGAUAUAAUUCCGCAGUCAAUAGCGGAAAAACGACGCAGAGGACUGCAUUAGGCGGCGACUGCAAACACAGAGAGAGCAGAGUGCAUGAACUUUGUACUCGUAGCGGGCCACUCGUGAUUUUCAGCCAAACAUGGACUUACUAGGAGCGGUCGGCGGCGACGAUGACGGCGACGACAAGGAGAAGGAGGAGGAGGCCGAAAGAGAACGCCAGGAGGCGAUCCGCGAGGCCGAGGAGCGGCGCAAGGAGAAGCACCGGAAAAUGGAAGAGGAGCGUGAGAAGAUGAGGCAGGAAAUCAGAGACAAGUAUAAAAUUGUAAAGAAGGAGGAAAUCCAGGAGAUGAUGCCUCAGGAGGAGCCAAAUCCAUUAAUGCGCAAGAAAAAGACGCCCGAGGAACUGGCCCGCGAAGCCGAAGCUGAGGAUGAAGAUGAGUUAACGAAGUUAAAGAAUUCCAUAGAAACGCAAGUAGCGGAGAUCAAGACGCAAAUUGAAAGUAAAUGUGUUCUUCAGUAAUUGAGACGGCUAGCUGAUGCGGUUAACUACUAAAAUUGCGAGAUAUAAACAGUAACAAUUAAAAAGAAUUAGACACACAAAGUACCCCCAUGAAAUGCGUUAAUGAAAAGAAGUAUCAAGUAUAACAGAACAAUUCGAUUGAAAAUAGAACGUUGUAAAAGUGUGUGCCGAGAGUGAUGGGCUGCACUUGCUAAACACGGCAGAAUCAAGAGUGAUGAUAGUAAUGUUAAGUAACACUUAACUGACUCAGCAGGCUAGCCGCUCGAAUCGCAACUUCCCGGCACGAGAAAUGCAUAUUUUCCUUGUUGAUAAACCGUUCUAUUCUUAAAAAUAAAGUGUUGAAAUAGUUGUUUCGAAAGGUGAGCACGGGAAAUUGCGACUGGAUCGGCGGAGUAGAGUAGGAUUGACGAUUUCAGAAAGUGUGUGUGAUGAAAAACAACGCAUAUUUCCCCGUUUUUUUAUCAUUUCUCACGGGCCCAAGUGUUACGUUUUACGCAUUGUGUACGAUAAUGUUGAAGAGUUGAAAAAUGUUGUGUACGUGUAUACAUACAUAUUUACAGAAUCCGCACCCUCAUGCAAGAGAAGUAGUCGAGCGCCAACAAAUGCAUACACUCUCAUACAAACAAAGAUACAUGCAAACACUCACAAACACACUUAAAAAGACCGAGAGAGAAAUUUCGUUCAAAUAUAAUUCGAUCGUGCAAAUUCGGAAACAAUCCACAGCAGUUUUUAAAUUAAAAGCUAAACAAAAGAAGCAAAAAACGAAUCAAAAUUCGCCUGAUGUGUCAGCAGCGGUGUAAAAACGGAUGAGAAUAACAAAAAUCGAGAUCCGACUAAAACGAGGAAUUCUUUGUGAUGCCAACGUUACUGAUAAAUAAUAUUAAAAAUAUUAUUAACAGAGUUAACGACAUCAGGAACUGAAAAAUAUUGCUACAAUAUUGUAACCCAGGGAACUAUUAAAUGGGAGUUUAAAAAAAUGAUGAUGAAGUUGAUGAUGAUAAUGAUGAGAAAUUGAUUGUUUGAAUUUAAUACUGAAUGUCCUUUGUCAUUUUAUACCCGCGAAUAUAUUGUUGUAGUCGUUGUGUAAUUAAAAAUGAGUAUGAAAAAGAUGGAAAGAAAAUAACCUUUUUGUUACUCGUACGAUCACAUAGACUGAGUCCAAAGGAGUAAAGACGAAAAUAUUCACGAUGAAAUGCACUUAUUUUUUUCACCGCUUUCAAUUCAGAUAGUAGGAAAAGAAAGUGCAAAAGAAACUAAAUGCGUUCUCGUUGGUACAGACGAACAAAAAGAAGAAUCAAAUUGCUGCUGAGAAACCGUUCUUUGUUAACUGUUGAAAAAUUUGCUGUGUGUACACUUCAUCUCUCACGCGAAAAAUAAUACAAUCUUUGAAUGUAUGGUACGUGUUUUUAAAAACUGAAUUUUCAACCGAAACUCGCCGUGUGGUUCGAGCCUCCGAGGCGGGAGUAAUACAUGCACGUAAGCAAAAGAUCUGGAACCACCGCGCGGCGCCGGGCGUUUUAGCAGGACAAAAAACGAAGAAACGUUCAGCGCAAUUUGCAAUAGGUGUUUGAUGCGAAUCAAUUUCUACGUCGUGUGUUCUCUCCGUUAUUUAUUUGCACGUUAUCUCGAUGGUUCAAACGUCAUGAAGAUCAUCAAUCUUGCUGUGCGUCACUGGGUUUGCAUCGAAAACCGACCGACCGACCGACCUAAGGGUGGGAAAAGCUCCGGAAUGCAGGAGGCCGACUCGCUCCGGCCUCUGACCGCCCGCGGCCUUUUCCCCUCGGAAUAUUUGGGCAACAUUAAGCGUUAAUAUUGAAUGUUCUUCUCUUGCAUGCUCUUCUCUCUCACGCAAUUAAACUCUCUCACUAUCGCUCCUUUCUGCCUGCUCUCUUCCUCCACCACCUUUUGGCGGAGAAAGUUGGGAUUUUCGCGACCGGCGCGCCUCAACUUUUUUCAUUAGCUUAAAAACAGCUCUCAACUUUUUUCCACUCCUUCUAAUUCAUAAUUUAUCACGUGCUGUUAAGAGAGAAAGAGAAACAAACUUGUUUGCGGAACGACGAAAGCGGCCAACUUUCCCCAUCAAACUACAGUAUAGCUCUUGAUCAGCCACCAGCCCGUUUAUGAUAUGAAUUUUCAGUCGAAAAGCUGACUUGCGGAUAUUGGAGAGUCAAUUAUUUACACACUAUAUCUCUACGAUUAAAUAUGCUGAUUUGAACUAAAUGUUUUCGGUAAAUUUAUGAUUCUAGGAUGAGAUACGAAUUUAGAUUCGGUCGGCCGCCUCCCGGCCCUCCCCCCUCUAGCCCCUAUCUCUAUUCACCCUUGCAUAAGUCUCUCUCUUUGCUUCGAGAAACCCGAGCAUAAGGAAAAUAAAAACAAAAAACACAGUAAUCGUCUAACGAGUAAGUUUAAAAGAGGAAUAAAAUCACAAAAGUAUCUAGUCUAUAAGCUACUGGAUGUCAAUAAUAUCGAUGAAAACCUUACUUUAGGAUCAGAAAAAAGAAAAGCUUUUUGCAACACACAUAAACAUACACACACUCUCUCGCACGUGUGACGGAAAAAUUUCUCUCUAUCUCCAACUUCGCUCACUCUUCUCUCUCUCUCUCUCUAUACUGCGCUGUCCUGGCAAACCACGCGACUUCAUCUCCCUUGUUGACUCCAAGCAGCAGCAAAUUUCGCGUCUUUGGCGGAGAUCGGCGCCGUGGGAAAAGGUCCUUUGUCGGCUGCAGAGGCGGCCGUCGCCUUUGUGCCCGCCAAACUUCUUCUGCAUAGGCAGCGAGGACUGGGCCGAUCGGAACGGUGCUAUUUCUGCGAAAUACCAACUUUGCCCUUCGAAUCAAACAAAAAAUAUGUAACGGAUUUGCCGGGGAAAUUCUCUCUUGUCUGUCUCGACAAUGAUUUUCGACCGAUGACUCCUUCGAGCAGGUCAAACUGUGCCGCCAUCUGCCGGACUAAAUAAAAGAUCUCAAACUGCUGUGUUCUGACGCGAGAAUCGAUGUUGAUUAAAACUGGAAAAAUCUGUUAUCGCCCCCUCUUUGGCUGCGUGCUGGCUUUUUUCGCGUGCGCCGCAGCCGUUGUUGAAUACAAGAGUUGUUAAAAAGUGUGUAAAAAAAAGAAAAUAAGCAUCGCUGUGUCUUUCUCUGACUCUCUGCAGGGCGGGGAAGCGACGACCGACAAACCGCAAAAAAACUCGUCGCUCACUGGGGAAACAACACAGAGCAACAAGGCGGAAACGCGAGUGCGGUCGAUGAGAACAGGCUAAUUAACUGGAGUAGUUAGUAGUAUAUCUGUCGCGCGGGAACGAUCACACAAUUUGCGUGAAGCUGAUUCUGCUUUUCCGUUGUGUGCGUGUGUGCAUGCAAACUAGAGAGCUAAUAAAUUAACGAGGCACUGCGGUGAUGACUAGUUUGUUUUUCAAAGGGACGCGCGGUGGCAAAUGAUUGUUUGUCACAAGCACGAGAGACACACAAUUACUUAUCACUAGCUGUGCCGUGUUUGCCGCACACUCUCGGAUAAACCUUGUUAACUUUUGCCUCCCCGCCCGUCCGCCUGCCCGCCGCGUUGGAAAUUGAAGCCCACCUUUCGGAUAAAAAUGGUUAGACUGUCAAUUUUGAUGAGAAUUGUUAGUGAUAGUAGAAGUUAAACACACACACACACACAUACACACAUAAAAUACACAGACACACGAAAUGUAAAUUAAUUGCAAUUCAUAAAGAACAUAAAGAGGGUGUUUGAUUUAUUCUGAUUGUUGUUGGUUCUCACACACGCGACAUACACACACACACUAUUCAUAAUAAAUGUGUCCUUAUAAUGAUUGUGUGCGAAGGAAAACUGUUACAUAUGCAUUAUUAUAUAUGAAGUGUACGGACGAUACUCGCCCACCGCGAUUAGAUUUACUCUGUUAAUUGAGUUGUUUGUUAUAUAUGAGCGAUGAAUUAACCGUGUGUAACUUAAAACUCGAUUAUAAACCGUAAAUAAAGCUGCAGAUAGAUGUCAAACUAACGCGCGCAUGCAAAUCGCAUUAAUACCACACGCAUACACACGAGUUUCGCCUCGAAGGCUUGUAUACACCGAUUAGUUCGAAAACAAACUUCUGCCGAUUCAUUUAGAUCGAAUUUCCUUGAUUUGUCCGAUUCACCCUCCGACCGACCACCGACCGACGACGCCGGGGACUGGGAAUAGCAAGCAAGCGGUCCCUACGACAAGAAGAGAGACGCAAAGUUCGUUAGAGAGCAAGUUUGUUAAAUUGACGAGAGAACUCUGCUGUGUGUCUAGAGUUGUUCUGUUGCGCAACCACGCAGAAAUAAAUAAAUGCUGCUCUCGAGACAUCCACCACACUCACACAUAAAAACACACACAUGCAAGCAAAAACAGUGUAUAUUAUUGUAUAAUGAUAAAAAGCGAAUACAAAAAAUCUAUUGUACUGUUACAUAAAAUGAAUUAUAUUCCUGCAGGUUGUCUUCAAUAAUUAACAACUCGUUCGUUGGCAUUUUGUCAUUUUCCGCGAUGAGAAACGAAACAAUAAUACAAUUUGUUACACACGUGAGGGGGAGUUGGAAAUUUGGCGCCGCAAGAGUAAGCAAACAAUAUCAAAAACAAGUCAUUACGGAUCUCUCGCGUAGUCACAAACACACAAAGAAGAGUUUAUUUUAAUUACCGCUCAUUCCUCAGUCUUGAGUGCGCCAAAUUGACAGCUUCCCGUUUGCAUUGCAAAGAAUCGAAAAGACGCGAAGCACAGACUUCCUCGUUACCAGCCAGAGGACUUUCUUUCGUUCCCUGUCUCGGUGCGCAUUGGUUCCAAACCUCGAAACCCGUAAUCUCUCUCAAUCUUUCGGCCGGCGUUUGCCACCUUUAGUUUUCGGUUGUCGAAACGAUUUAAAGAUAGCGUCGGCCGUCGCAGCUGCUGCUCCUUUGGUUUUUGUGAUUUUUCCGAUUGCCUUAUUCAGAACAAAAACAAAGAAGAAGAAGAAAAAGAAGAAAGAGAGCGAACCUGCUUGCUAUACCAUACAACACACUUGGCACGAGAUGACGCGCGAAAAAUCGCAGAAAAAAAUAUAUGAUGUAAAUUAUUGUUUGACAACACUGCCAGCUUUGUAAUACACAUCGAAACUUCAAAAUGCAUUAUGAUAGAUUAUAAAAUAAAAACGUAUAUAAUUACAUUUAUAUAAGUGAUGAUGAUAUGAUGAUGAAAACUGAUAUAAUAAAAAUGAGAUAACUGAGUUA